AUGAGGAGUCUGCUGGGUCCUAAAGAGUCAGAACACCAGAGUCUGCUGGGUCCUAAAGAGUCAGAACACCAGAGUCUGCUGGGUCCUAAAGAGUCAGAACACCAGAGUCUGCUGGGUCCUAAAGAGUCAGAACACCAGAGUCUGCUGGGUCCUAAAGAGUCAGAACACCAGAGUCUGCUGGGUCCUAAAGAGUCAGAACACCAGAGUCUGCUGGGUCCUAAAGAGUCAGAGCACCAGAGUCUGCUGGGUCCUAAAGAGUCAGAACACCAGAGUCUGCUGGGUCCUAAAGAGUCAGAACACCAGAGUCUGCUGGGUCCUAAAGAGUCAGAACACCAGAGUCUGCUGGGUCCUAAAGAGUCACAACACCAGAGUCUGCUGGGUCCUAAAGAGUCAGAACACCAGAGUCUGCUGGGUCCUAAAGUCCUAGAGCCCCCUGCUGGAGAACUAUGUGAGGUCCAGUGUGAGGUCCAGAGUGAGGUCCAGUGUGAGGUCCAGUGUGAGGUCCAGAGUGAGGUCCAGUGUGAGGUCCAGUGUGAGGUCCAGUGUGAGGUCCAGAGUGAGGUCCAGUGUGAGGUCCAGUGUGAGGUCCAGUGUGAGGUCCAGUGUGAGGUCCAGUGUGAGUCGUCUGCGCUGCAGUCGUCUGCUCUGCAGUCUGCUCUGCAGUCGUCUGCUCUGCAGUCGUCUGCUCUACAGUCGUCUGCGCUGCAGUCGUCUGCUCUGCAGUCUGCUCUACAGUCGUCUGCGCUGCAGUCGUCUGCUCUGCAGUUGUCUGCGCUGCAGUCGUCUGCGCUGCAGUCGUCUGCUCUACAGUCGUCUGCGCUGCAGUCUGCUCUAGAGUCGUCUGCGCUGCAGUCUGCUCUACAGUCGUCUGCGCUGCAGUCUGCUCUACAGUCGUCUGCGCUGCAGUCGUCUGCUCUGCAGUCGUCUGCUCUACAGUCGUCUGCUCUGCAGUCGUCUGCUCUACAGUCGUCUGCUCUGCAGUCGUCUGCGCUGCAGUCGUCUGCUCUACAGUCGUCUGCUCUGCAGUCGUCUGCUCUACAGUCGUCUGCUCUACAGUCGUCUGCGCUGCAGUCGUCUGCUCUACAGUCGUCUGCUCUGCAGUCGUCUGCUCUACAGUCGUCUGCUCUACAGUCGUCUGCGCUGCAGUCGUCUGCUCUACAGUCGUCUGCGCUGCAGUCGUCUGCUCUACAGUCGUCUGCGCUGCAGUCGUCUGCUCUACAGUCGUCUGCGCUGCAGUCGUCUGCUCUACAGUCGUCUGCUCUACAGUCGUCUGCUCUGCAGUCUGCUCUACAGUCGUCUGCGCUGCAGUCUGUGUCUAUACUUUAUGUCAAAUGUAAACAGUUGGUUCUCUAA